CUAAAUAUAUCAAAGUUUAUUUUGAUUAGUAUGAUUUAUGUUUGCCAAUUAAAUUGACAACGGAUCUUCUAGAACAAAUAGCAAGUAGAGACCAUUUAAAAUGAUUAAAACUUGCAGUCCAAGCGUAUUUGUAUUCAUAAAUGGUGCUUUUUUAGAGAUGUGGUUUUCAAGAAGAAAUAUAACAUAUAUCUUUAAUAUAAUGUUAUGGCCUAAAAUUCAGCUUUAUUAUAAAGACAAAAGUUUGCAAUUAUGUUUUAAAAAUGAUUUAAGGGCAAGUAACCGACGCAGCUGGCUAGAAUACAUUUAAGCCGAAAGCACCAAUUUUCGACCAUUUUUUGCAGCAAUUGGGGCCGUAUAUCAGCAAUAUUAUUGAAUUUUCUAUUCCAAAGCGUCCAUCGUCUCGGGCUUAUCUGUGUAGACAAGCGACUGGUGUUAAUUCGCACGAUCUUGGAGAUCACACCACAAGCCCACGACGUGAGACAAUGCGCCACCCGAGCACGAGCAGCACGGUCCCUUCGUCUUUCAUUGUCGUCUCCUCGCCAAACAAAAAAAUAAAUAUCGGUUUGGGCAACAAAAGACUCCUUGUGUGAACAUUGUCUAAAAAAACAACACUACAUGUAGGAAAUAUGCAUGCGUCCAUAUGUACACAUACAAGUACUUACAUACCAUAUACAAAGUAUGUAUGCACAUGUAAGUAUAUGAUCGCAGAAUACAAGAAAAAACAAUGAAAACGAAGACAAAUAAUGGUCAAGUACAGUCUGAGAGGUUAGAAAGUGUUAACGUCUUUGCAGAGUAACUUUUUCUCCCACUAUUACAAUCUGUUGCUAAGUGCGUCUCAUAUGCCAAAACUCUAUUAUUUUAUAUUAGUUUCGUAAAUUUGUAUAUGAGUCCACCUACUUUGCUUAAAUUUCCAAUAUGAUCGGUAUCCAAAACACACACGCACAUACACCUGCCGACGCAUGAAAAUGCGACUACAUGUGCAUGCGAUAUUUCCUUGCUAAUUUGUCGCAUUCACAGCAAUGACUGAUUUCGCGCCGCUGAUGAACCUAACCGCAGCAGUGUAUAUUUUAAAUUAAGUACGGAAAUCUGAAAUAAUCAGGCAAAACACAGAUACUUUAUUUUGUAUUUCUACUAUUUUACAAAUAACCAAUGUUCUCAACAACCAAACUCAUGCAAGAAAUAACAACAACAAUAACAAACAUUCAUAAGGCCACAGCUGCGUGAGAAUUUUUAUGAUGAUAAUAAUAGCGCCGUAUGCAGUGGUGGCUGGCAAAGGUUGGCAGCACAGUCAACGCCAUUUAAACAAAGCCGACAACGAGCGGCCAUUAUGUGAAUUGUGUACGGCGCGUCUAAAUUACAGCUCGGUUCGCAUCGGCUUUACUCUCAAUAAACUGAAUACAAAUAUGUGCGCUCUUAACUCUCGCCUUUCACUCGCUCAAUAAUGUGUUACAAAAUUGCAGAAGUGACACUAAGAGAGUACUAACAAACUUGCAACCGUCAGGUAGAGAGCAUCGGUCGAAUGCUAGGCUACAAUAUAUAUAAAGGGCGGUCGGGCACAUACUUACAAAUAUACAUACUUAUAUGUUCGGUUUGGGAUAGAAAAAACUGAAAUUUGGCGCGCUCUUGCCUCCUUUAUGGCAAAAGGCAUAUAAACAGCAGCAGCGUUGAAAUUACGAAAGGCAACAAAAUAUACUAAAAAACAAUAACAAAUUGUACCAGCCAACAACAAAAUAGUACAAAGCAUAUAAGCUAUUAAUGCAUAUAACACACAUACUAACGCCGCAUGAAUCAUAUACCCAAUUUAUAACGUAUUUACUUGCCUAGUGAGAGCACAUAUAAAAUAUGGUAAGAGUAAGGUUAUAACACAAGAGCGCCGCAGAAAGAGGGAGAGCAUUGUUUUUUGUUUUUGUAAACAAUGCAGAUAGAAGAGUAGAAGCAACGACGAACGGGCAUCGGCGGGCAUAUAGCCACUAUUCCGAAUUGAAUUCAAUAGCCUUUGCAAAGGCAAUUGCCAUAGCAUUCAUACGUUCAUUCGUUGUUGGUAUACGGCGCUCUGUGUGUAUUGUGUUAUAUUUCCAAUAUAGCUGAAGCGACAAGCAUUGAAUCCACUAUAGAGCUAUAGCAAGCAAGCAAGCACACGGUAAACGGUUGGACUAUCAGCUCAGCCCAUACACAGUAUACAAGACUACGGCACAGUAAAAGCAAAGCAAGCGGCAGUGCAUUUGUUGGAGAUUAUACAAUUCACAACAAGCAAUUCAGCGCCAAGCAAAAAUAUAGGCGAGAUUGCCUGAAUAGCAUUGCAAAGCAGCAGAAGCAGCAACGCCAUAGCAUAGUGAGCUAUAGACGUCGUCGACUCUACAAUAUAAAAAUACAAUAUCAACGGCAAUACGGACCACGGGGCUACGACGUCGAUACUCGUAUGAGAAAUACGACGACGCAGCGGAAUACGACCAUAAGCGAUUGCAGUGUAUCAUAGCAGCAGCGAACGCAGCAGCAGCAGAGCCAGCUAUAGAGGAGUAACGUAACGGCUGGUUAUACGAAACGACAUUAUACACAAUACAUGCUAUAGAUCAGGGGCAAAGCUGUACCCACAGUAUAGAGUCAUAGUAACGACCAUUGCUAGUACAGAAUCGGUGCAUAGAGCUCUACAUCUUGAGCUACAAACUAUAGGCGAAACGAAACAAGCGUAUAGCGAAAACAAAUAUAUAUAUAUACAAAAAAAAAAAACAGCGCAUACCAACUGAGUAUUGUCGCAAUUCGUUAUAUGUACGAACGCUUGUUGGAAUUUGUGAGUAUUGAAACUCAGAGAGCAAGAGAGGGUGAGAGAGUGUAACUACGUGAAGUAUUCAUAAAGGGAAGUAGAGUGAAGUAGUAGAGGAAACUUUGAUAUAUCAGUUUUGAACGACGGGGCGAACGGGUGCAUAGAGUAAAGCAAGUGAACAGUGAGUGCCUGUGGUUUUUCCUUUUUGGUCGCACAAAUUGUUGAGAAGACUAAAAGCAGAGACGCAUUUUAUAUGCGUAGAAACAAAUAAGUGGUUUUGUGUGUGAUUGCAUAAAGCGAAUUGGUGAAGUGUUUGUAAAAGAACUGUGAAGGAGUGAAAAAAGAGGGUCGUCGCGCGCGCGAAUAUUUCCCCUAAGCGCUCCCCCCUAUAUAAUAUAUCGUAUCUAUCACGAGUGUUGGUAGUAGACGCACAACGAAAGUAGUGUGUGAGAGCGUACAAAGGAGUGAGAGGAGAGACAUUUUUAUUCUUCGUGUGCUGUGCAAACAAGCAAGCGGCAUCAGCAGCAUUCGAAUACAUUGUUGGUAUUGUAUAAUUUUAUAAUACGUGGAGUGGCGAACGGCGGCACAUUGUUGAACAACGCAACGUAAACGCCUAAACAAAGUAUAGCCAUAGCAUUUGUGUAUAGAGCUAAAGCCUUAUUACAGCUAGCAGCAGCAACAUAGGAAACAGCGACGACAGCAACAACAAUAACAACAACUACAGCAGCAGCAGUAACAACAAUUAUAGUGACGCAGUAAAGCAGCAGCAGCAGCAACAACAACACAACAUAUAGUUGCAGUAUGGAGCACUUUCAUCAGAUUCAGCAAACUCUUCAACACUAUCAGCAGCAGUUGGCUGCGCAGCAACAGCAGCAGGCAGUACAACAACAACAAUUACAGCAACAGCAGGCCCAUCAAGUGGUCGUGCAACAAAAUCAACAGCAAGCACAUCAAAAUAAUGCCAACACCACUUCUGGUGUAGGCACCCAACAGUUAUUUACCUAUAAAAUGGCCAGUAGCUUCCCAAAUCCAGCCACGACCAUGGCACAGGUGGUCGCUACCUCAAAUGCGGCCGGUUCAACCGGCUACGAUUAUCGUCUUAAUAUGGCACAAGCAGCUGCAGCGGCAGCGGUACCCGGUUCACAAUGGUGGUAUUCGGCUGCGAAUUCUGGACAGAUAGAUGCCAACACCGCCGCACAGUUGCAGCAGCAACAACAACAACAGCAACAACAGGCACAGCAACAGCAGCAACAGCAACAACAACAGCAGCAGCAACAGCAAGCGGCUCAGCAACAGCAACAGCAGGCUCAACAGCAGCAGCAGCAACAACAACAACAGCAGCAGCAACAGCAACAACAGAUACAGCAGCAGCAACAGAAUGCCACAGCGAGCACGAUGGUUCGUGGUGCUAAAGCUGAUGCGAAGCCCCGAGGCCGUAUGACAGCGUACGCUUACUUUGUACAAACAUGCCGAGAGGAGCACAAGAAGAAGCAUCCCGAUGAGACAGUCAUCUUUGCCGAAUUUUCCCGAAAGUGCGCUGAGCGAUGGAAGACAAUGGUGGAUAAGGAGAAGAAGCGCUUCCAUGAGAUGGCCGAAAAAGAUAAGGCGCGAUAUGAGAUGGAGAUGCAAAAUUAUGUACCACCCAAAGGAACCGUGGUAGGACGUGGCAAGAAGAGGAAAAUGAUUAAGGACCCGAACGCGCCGAAAAGAUCAUUAUCUGCAUUCUUCUGGUUUUGCAAUGACGAACGUAACAAAGUUAAAGCUGCGAAUCCUGAGUACGGUGUUGGCGAUAUAGCCAAAGAGCUCGGCCGCAAGUGGUCCGAUGUAGAGCCAGAGGUUAAGCAAAAGUACGAAUUAAUGGCUGAGAAGGACAAGGCGCGCUACGAGCGGGAAAUGACCGAGUACAAAACUAGCGGGAAAAUUCCGAUGUCCGCGCCUUCAAUGCAAGCACAACAGGCUGCAGCGCAGAAAGCCGCGUUACUCGCUGCAAGUUCGCAGCAGCAUGAGGAGCAUGGAGACGAUGAUGGCGACGGUGAUGAUGAUGAAAAUCAAUAGAUUUAAGCAAAUACAAAAUAAACAAGCAAAAUUAGAUGGAGGAGCAUAUAAGAUAAAAAAAAAAAACAAAAGAAAAAAUUAACAAAAAAAAGAAAGAAUUAACAAUUUUCCACUCAAAAAAGAAAAUGGAACUUAUAUAACGUAAUAUUUAAGUGAAUUAAACCAGAAAUAUUGAAUGAGAUAUAAAAAUCAAGCAAAAAGUAACAAAUAUUAAAACAAUAAAACAGACGAGAAUUACAAACGAAGUAAUGAAAUUUAACAGGGAGAAAGUACAUACAACAACUCUAUGUAAAAUACAAAACGUAGUAUAUAUGUAUGCCGCAAAUGCAAAAUCAAAGCUAAAAGUAGUUGUAAAUCCAGCAAGCACUAUCAAGGAAAUCCAAGACACAAUGCUGUACUAAAAGUAACAAUACUUUAAAUCAACACUGCUUUUAAAAAUCAUGGCGGCGCAUAAAACCGAAACAAAAGUACGUACAUCAUGCAUUCAUUUGUUAUUAAGUUUUCAUUAAACCAAGAACCAACUGCAUAGAGUUUUUUUUUUAAAAGGGAAUACUCCAAAUAAUCGACUCCCCAAAACAAAAAUUACUGCUCAUUUUGAGUGUUGAAAUACACACAAGCGAUCAACAUAACAGCAAAUAUUAAAAAAUAAAUCAAACAACACAAAUCAUGACUCACCAACAAUAGCUAGUUGAUAUCGUUUAAAGAGUAGAAAUAAAGGCAUCUUUGAAUAAUAAUGGCAAACAACUCAGAUACGGUUAUUUUAUAAUUAUAUUGUUUCGAUUAAUUUGAUUUAUUGUAACAUUAGCAAUAAAUGUUAGGAUUAAAGAGAGACACUCAUAGUUUAGGGGCAAAUAAGAAAAGAAAAAAAGAGAAAAUAUAAUGAAAAAGUCAAUAUUAAAGUGUCGUAUGCGCUUGACUUAAAAUGCUAACGCAUUGGAAUUUAUUAUUUUAUCAUCGUACCAAUUAUUAUUGGCAGUUAUUAUUAUUAUUUUUCAAAACUAGCAUUUAAUGUUGAUAUAAAACGAAAUUACAAAAAGAAAAUAAAUACAAAAACAAAAAAAUAGAAAUACCAAUUUUUCGUUCGUUUAGCGUGUAAAACAAUAUUUUAUAUUUACCAUUUCAAAAUCAUAAAACAUGAAACAUUUAAAGAAAUGUUAAGACAAAGCUUAAGGACAACUGAAAACAAAAAAAAAAUAUUUUGAAAUAUUUUUAUAAAUACAUAAGUGCGGUUGAAUUUCUGUAUGAAAACUAUGUACGAGUAUCUCGAAUGUGAAUAUAUUUUGAGGCGAUUAUUACAUAUAAUAUAACAUACUAUGUAUAACUGCUAGCCACAAUAUAUGCAUAUAUGAAUAAGCAACAGUUAUAUAAUUGUAUACUACACUCAUACAACAGCAAAAAAUACAAUAACAAACAAUAUAAUAAAUUUAUAUAAUGUACGAUAAGAUUUAGAAUAUACGUAUGGUGAAAACCCAAAAAAAAAACAAUGCAAUUUUUUUCACAAAUCACUUUUGGCAAUCGCUUGGAGUUCAUAAAAUUUGACGGCUACUUUCAAAAUUUGCUGUUUCGUAAUAUUUUUGAAAACAUAAAAAACAAUAGUGUGUUUAUUUCAUACCGUUCGAAAUAUUGCAUAAUUGCAUAUUCUGUAGUUUCAAUUAUUUCCAUUUUUGUGUAAAGUGAAGUUUAAUAUUUGAAAACUUACUCAAUUUAAUCACAACAAACGCGAUUUAUUAUUCGCCGUGUGAUUGCUAAACCUCACUCAGGAUAUUUUUAAAAGUAAAACACAUACACUUUCAAAAAAUUUUAAUUCAAAAUAGCUUGUCUCUUUCCGGUAAGUUUAUAAAUAAACACUUUCAAAAAUAAAAAGGGACAUCUGCAGGUAUCAAGAUAUUGUAAAUAGAUUAUCUAAAAUUAAUAUUAGCAUGAAAUUUGAGGGAAUAGUCGAAGAUACAUAUAUAGACAAAAGUUACAAGUUUUAAUUUGCGGAGAACGGGUGGAAAAGUUAUUGGUUAAUGUUUUACAAAAACGGAGGCGGAAAUUCACAAUGUUUCGAGCAAACUGCUUUUAUUUUCAUAAAAUUAUAGCAUUAACGAAAAACAAAAUGAGCAUGGUUUUUCAUGAUUUUUUCUAUAUCGCUAAUUCCACUGGAAUACUUCAAUGCUAAUAAAUUAAGUGGACAAAUUUCAAAAUUUAUUUUAACACUGAAUGUCUGAACUACAUUUUUGUUACACAUGUAAAAAUUAAAUUUUAUACACAAUAUUUAUUUGAAAUUCAGUUAAUCUAAUUAAAAAAAAAUAAAAUUUUCAGUUAAAUUAUAAAUGUUUGAAAGUGAUAGAGAUGAAUUGAACACUGGGUAUUUUGAUUUAUGCAUUUGUGCAGAAUGUGCAGUGGUAUAAUUUUUUGUGCGGAAUACUUUAAAUUUCGGUAACUUAUGGCAACCAAAUUUAUU